AUGUGGUACCUAGGAGAACGAUCUUGGAGGCAAAAUCAUCCUACUUUUGGAAUUCCUAAAAAUCCACCAUUUAAAAUUGGCGAGGUCAGUCAUGGGAAAGCAAAACUUGUGAAAGAAGCUGGAUGGGUAGAUGCAAAUAUGUUUGUGAAAGCUGUUUCAUAUAAUAUGUAUCUGCGAUAUUGGCGACAUGUAACUAACUUCCAUCAAUUCGUGACCAAAGUCGAUUGGGUAGUUGAAUUACACGGGGUUGAUGGUGACCGUGUUAAACACCUUAUUCAACGACCUGCUCAGCAUGUACCUAUUCCACCACCACAACAAUUAUCAUACCCUGAAGCUUAUAAUCUGGUUCAAGAACAUGCCGAUUUUAAUCGUGCGUUUCGCGAGUUUGUAUUAUAUGAAACGGAAGACAGGAUGAUACGUUUAAAGGCAAAAGAUGAAGUAAUACGAGGCCUUGCAGCUCGUAACAAUUACCUGGAGGAUCAGAUGCAAUUCCGUAUGCAACAAACGCCGCGUCCCCCUAUUGGAUUCGGCAGUUUUUCUGAAACUAUCCCACCAGCGGUGUGGGCUCCAGUGAGUCAAGCAUCAACAAUGUCGUCUGUUAACCCCCCUCCGAGAAUGACGUUUAUCCCACCACGGAAAAAACCAUCGCAUACUCCUACUGAUGAAUAA